UCCGGCGGCAGCGGCGGCGGCGGGGGCACCUGGCGCCCUCCUCGGGGCUCCUCGUCGCCGGGACAACCGGGAUCGCCGCCGCCGCGCCUCUGCCAUGGUUUUCUCAAAUAAUGAUGAAGCCCUUAUUAACAAAAAACUACCCAAAGAACUUCUGUUAAGAAUAUUUUCUUUCUUGGACAUAGUUACUUUAUGUCGCUGUGCACAAGUUUCCAAGGCAUGGAAUGUUUUAGCUCUGGAUGGAAGCAAUUGGCAAAGAAUAGACCUCUUUAACUUCCAAACGGAUAUAGAGGGUCGUGUUGUGGAAAAUAUAUCAAAAAGGUGUGGUGGGUUCCUGAGACAGCUUAGUCUGAGAGGAUGUCUUGGUGUUGGAGACUCCUCUUUAAAGACCUUUGCACAGAACUGCAGGAACAUCGAACACUUAAAUCUGAAUGGGUGCACCAAAAUCACUGACAGCACGUGUUACAGUCUUAGCAGAUUCUGUUCCAAGCUGAAACAUCUGGAUCUGACGUCCUGCGUAGCCAUCACAAACAGCUCUUUAAAAGGCUUAAGUGAGGGUUGCAGAAAUCUGGAACAUUUGAAUCUUUCCUGGUGUGAUCAGAUUACGAAGGAUGGUAUUGAAGCACUGGUGAAAGGGUGUAGUGGACUAAAAGCUCUAUUUCUUAGAGGUUGCACACAGUUAGAAGAUGAAGCAUUGAAACACAUUCAAAAUCACUGUCAUGAGCUUGUAAUCCUGAAUUUGCAAUCGUGUACACAAAUUUCAGAUGAAGGCAUUGUGAAAAUCUGUAGAGGAUGCCACAGGCUGCAGUCACUCUGUGUUUCAGGCUGUAGCAACCUGACAGAUGCUUCUCUCACAGCUCUUGGUCUGAACUGUCCAAGGCUGAAGAUUCUGGAAGCUGCAAGAUGUUCACAUCUCACAGAUGCUGGGUUUACCCUUCUGGCACGGAAUUGCCAUGAGCUGGAGAAGAUGGACUUGGAAGAGUGUGUUUUGAUAACUGACAGCACAUUGAUACAACUUUCCAUACACUGUCCCAAGCUUCAAGCAUUGAGCUUAUCUCACUGUGAACUGAUCACUGAUGAUGGGAUUCUUCAUCUGAGCAACAGCACGUGUGGGCACGAGCGGCUGCAGGUGCUGGAGCUCGAUAACUGUCUCCUCAUCACGGACGUGACUCUGGAGCACCUGGAGAACUGCCACAACCUGGAGAGAAUCGAGCUGUACGACUGCCAGCAGGUCACACGAGCUGGCAUCAAACGGAUCAGAGCUCAUCUACCUCACGUGAAAGUUCAUGCUUACUUUGCUCCAGUGACUCCCCCUCCGUCGGUGGGAGGGAGCGGGCAGCGCCUCUGCAGAUGCUGCAUCAUCCUCUGACAGCCAGUGCAGCCACACAGGAAAUGUCGUUGUUGAAGAAUGGGACGGCAAGUCAGCAGAAGGAGUCGGUUUCCUGACAAGUCCUAAUGGUGGUGUUUGGGUGUUUGGUCAUCCAGUUUUGUGACAAGAAAAGCUUUUUUUUUUCCCAGGUAAAAAUCUUAACGUAAUGUGCAGCUGUGGAUUAAGUUGGUGAUGCUUUGGUUUGUAUUAGUAACUCCUUCCUUCUGUUGGCAUGAGAACUGUGGUACCGUGUCAAACGUGUGGGCAUUGCAGUGGAGCAGCUACUUGGUGGAAGUUCACAAAACUUGGAAGUUCAUUUGCAUUUGUCAGCACUACUCGGUGUGAAGUGCCGCUGUCACGUGGGGCUCGAGCUGCCACGCCAAGGAACUGAGCCUGCUGUUCUGUAAUAUACACCACAGAUCAAGUAUCAGGUUUUAAAGACAAAUCAGCUUUAGCAGAUGCUGACCAAAAAAUGCAAAGUAAUCAUAAGCUCCUACAGUAAAACAGCAGCUUGUUCUUUUUCAUGAUUCAGCUUCAUAUUUAAUUAUGUAACAGGACAUAAUACGUAAUGUCAAAGGUAAGGUAGUACCUCCAGAUACCAUAGAACUAGAAGUACUUCCCAAGUUUUUGGACUUGGUUCAGUUGAACUCUGCUGGUACAAAGCUUGGCGGUCGCUGACGCAGGUUGUGCCCGAUGCCAUCGGCCUUGAACGGGGUAAGAAAUGCACUGUGGUGGAGCCUGUGCACUCUGCUGUGCCUGCUGCCACAGCCAGCCAUGGAGCUGCCACAUCCAGCCAUGGAGCUGCCACAGCCAGCCCUGGUGCAGCCACAGCCAGCCAUGGAGCUGCCACAGCCAGCCAUGGAGCUGCCACAGCCAGCCCUGGUGCAGCCACAGCCAGCCAUGGAGCUGCCACAUCCAGCCAUGGAGCUGCCACAUCCAGCCCUGGAGUUUGUGCCGACGCCAUCCCCGCGGGCUGGAAGGAAAGGAUGCAGCACUUCCAGGAGGAGAGGUGUAGCACACAUGCUUUUCUACAGAUGAAUGGAAAACAGGUUCAGCUACAGAAGGCAGGAUGGAGCAAGGAAUUCAGUUUGGCCCACCUGUUUUAGGGACAAGCAUAUGGGCUUAGCUGUAGGCAGGAGUUGAACCAUACCAAACCUGUGGUUUUCAAAUGUAGAAAGCCAAACUCUCCACAUUUGGUUAAGAAGCUGUCAGCUUCUGAAUGAUAAUAAUGAUGAUAAAAAUCUGUGUAUUAACUCUUAAGGCCAUGCUUUCAUCCUUAGUUUUUCAGUGCUAGACAAUUAGAUAAACUUUUUAUAUUAAGCAAUUAAAUUAACUGAGAGAAACUACUUGACAAUUCAGAAAGCUUUUUUUGUGUAAGUUUGACUGUGUGUGUGUUUUAAGAGUUCAGGGCCUGUGUUUACUGAAAAUUAAAAAGCAGUUGGAAAAGCUACUACUGGACAGUACUGCCAUUGUCCCCCUGCAAAUUUUAAAUGACUUCUAAGAAGGAGUGAGCGUGAACAUGAACUUCUGUGGCCAGCAGUGGCUGGGUUGUGUGGACUCACAGACGAGGGGGACAGUAAAUUAAAGAGCUCAGCUUUGGGGCUAAAUUACACCUUAGACUACAGUACAUGAAUUUCUUUACCAGUACAAAGAAAGCCAAUCUGGGCUUCCUUUGCACAGUAGUGGAGUGCUGUUACAAUCAUACUGAAGAGUUCCAUUCAGUCACUGCUGGUCUCAUGAGAGUUUUAACUAGAUUUUAUUCUCAACUGUACCAGGGCAGUCAUUGGUACCAAUAUGUCAAUAUGUGUUGCCUUUUGUUGGCUCAUUUUUUUUCUAAGACCAUAAUGAACCUUGUAAGUCUAUUGCAUUGAAGAUGUACAAAAACAAAUGGAAUCUACUCUGAUAUAGGACACUUAAAUAAACAAUCAGCUGAUGUCAAA